UUUUUAGUAAAUUUUGAAUAUAUUUAAAUGUCAGUGAUUUGUUAUCAAUACAAUUGUGAUUACUCUUCUGCAGCAUACUGCCAGGCUCACAAGGUUCCUAUAUGAACCAAUUGUAGGUAUAACCAGCAUUACAAGUGCAAGACUCAGCUACUUAUUCCUGAAGAGUCUUUGAAAUACCAGAUCCAGAAGGUCUAUGAACUGCUAGUUACUAUAGAAGAGUUAUUUGAAGAUUUAUGAUUUGGGUCUGAUUUCCCCACAGCUUUCCAGAUUAUCCAAGACUUCAAGGCAGAGUUAGUUGAGAUCAUUUCUGACACUCUCAAAGCUAUUGAUGAGGAAGACUUUCUAUCAUUCUACAGACAUCAGAGAGCGAUAAAUACCCUCAUGAAGAACCUUGAUAAAGACGAGAUUAUUACAAAACUUUGAAGUCAUAUCUUCCAGCAAGCUGUAUUUAAGAAGUUAGAAUUUCGGAAAGUUGAAGACUGAUUUUUGAAUCAAGAGAUCCUGAGCCAAGAAUCAAGCUCAGAUGAACAAGAGUUUGACAGCAAAGUUGAUUGGGCAGAGGAAGGGUCUAUUCUAGCAAGAGGGAUACAAGAUCUUGAAUUCUUAAGAGGGAAGUUCUUUGGGUAUCAGAAGAAGAUUUUUAAAAAUGAUAUCCUAGAACUAAAUCUGGGCUCACAGAAGUACACUAACUUUAUGAAAGAGUGUCUCAAACAGAACUUGAAAUUUCCCAGAGUGCAAGGAUUCACCAUUGCUAAUAUUACAGAAGAGAGUGAAUUACUGAAGCAAUAUACUGAGAAAUGCUUACUGAAAGAACCAUGAAAGCAAGUGUACAUAAUUGAGGACGAACCUGUAUUCUACUCUAAGUAUUGUUCUAGUUUCCAGAAGUUAAUACAUAGCUCUUUGGAGAUGCUAACAUUGUCCAACUACAUCCUCACAGAAGCCGAUUUCAACUCUAUCAAAGAGAUAAUUUCAAACACCCCAGUAAGAAUAGAACUCACAGAUUGCUUACUAAUCUGCACUGAAGGUAAGAAACUAUCCACAAUGAAAGAAGACGACCGGAGGAAGUACAAAAUCUCAUGCUCAUUCUACUCCCAUGAGAACUUUCCAAUCUUUUCCAAAAUCCUAUCCUCAGACUAAAUUUCGUUAAAACAUUCAGUUUCUUCUUAA